AUGCACGGCGAGGCCAGCCCGGCCAGGGCGAGGUCGCGCAAGGCGCACAAGAGGAAGCGAAACGCGGAGCGGCACAGAGGGCCGGUCGAGCCGUCGCCACACGUUGCCAAAAGGGCGCGCCAAGGGCAGCCGUCAUCGGGAGAGUGCGAGGGGGGCCGAGAGGUCGUCGACGACCCCAGCCGAAGCAACGAUGUGCCUGGACCAUCUGCGCCUGCGAGGAUCCGGCUAAAGGUCGCUUCGAACCGGUCCCAGGCCGUUCCGGCGGGCGGCAACGCCUCUGGCGCCGUGCAGACGCUGGACUCGACCGGCAAGCAGGGGGGGACGGCUGGAGGAGGAUCCUCAGACGCCAGCGCGAGGCGAAGAACCCCCCCGGGAGGAAGCGGUCGUCGCUCUAGCUCGGGCGGUCCCCCCGACAGACGGCAAGAAACGACGCCCCCGAAAGACGAUCCGCCAGCCUCAAAGGACAGCCAAGACGGCGCUGAUGGCUCCUCCGAUGAUGACGCCUCGAGCGGAGCGUCGCCCUCGGCAGUUGUCGACCCGGCCGCCGGGGGCGCACGCCCGUCCCAGACGGCCGACCUCGAGCGCGACAUUGCCAAAGUCAUGCGGCUCGUCGCAAGGACCGCCGACUCGUACUGGCGGCACAAGGGAGCCCUCGCGGGCUGGCUUGCCCGCGAGCACCAACGGGCCACCAUGCGCCGCACCGCCCAAGGCGCCUCCUCCUCCUCCUCCUCCUCCUCCUACAGCCGCCUCGCCCCGGCGCGCAGGCUCGAGAGCAUCCUCCCCCACAUCCAGGAGCGGGCCGCCGCCGCCGUGCCCGCCAACUGGCCAAAGUACCUGGCCGAGCUGCGGCGGUUCUGCGAAUCCCCCCGCAUCCGCGGCAUGGACUACGAGCAGCGGCUCAUGCGCGUCGUCGACAUUGUGCUGCUGCCCGAAGAGGCGGACGCCGUGGCGGGCGGCGAGUGGAGCAGGCUGCUGCGGGUGGUCGGGCUGUGCUCCGUGAUAGCGGAUGCGGUGGGCCCGGACGACGAGGUCCUGGACGACGAGGCCAAGAACCGCUGGAUCGCGGGCAAGAAGACGGACAUUGCGUGCCUGAGGCGCCUGAUGGGCUCCAUGGCGCGGGUGGCCGACCUGGGCUUGUAG